GAGCGUUAUGAUAACUUUGAUAACAGUAUUGUAUGUACUUUGUGUUAUUUGUGGUGUUAAAAGUGGUAAUCAAUUUCCCAACAUAGUACUGGUUUUGACUGAUGAUCAGGAUGUUAUGUUAAAAGGACUGAACCCUAUGAUCAAAACUCAGCAGUUAAUUGCAAACCAAGGUGCCACCUUUACCAAUGCAUUUACGUCAUCUCCAAUUUGCUGUCCGUCGAGGAGUUCAAUACUCUCUGGUCAGUACGCACAUAAUACAAAAACAUUCAACAAUUCUGAGUCAGGUGGAUGCUAUGGAGCCCAUUGGCGCGAGAAAAUGGAACCUGUUACAUUUUCGGUGCUACUACAAAAAAACGGAUACCAAACAUUCUAUGCAGGGAAAUAUUUGAACGAGUACCACUCUGAAAACAUUCCACCGGGUUGGAACGAAUGGUUCGGGUUGCAUGGUAAUUCAAAAUAUUUUAACUACACAUUGAACGAAAACGGUAAGACUGUUUUCUAUUCGGACGAGUAUCUAACGGAUCUUCUUAAAGCACGUGCAUUACAUUUUAUCACAAAUGUAACAAAGAAAAGUCCAUUUUUUGCCAUGGUGGCUCCUCCUGCUCCUCAUGCGCCCUAUACCGCGGCUAUUAGGCAUCACGAGCUGUUUCCGGAAGUUAAAGCGUUGCGGACUAAAAAUUUUAAUAUACCGUGUGGUCCAUUAGAGAAACACUGGUUACUCACUAUGCCACCAUCGCCCCUCCCGGAUGAAGUGUUGGAGGAAAUAGAUAUCAUUUAUAGAAAACGAUGGCAAUCCUUGAUGGCUGUUGAUGAGAUGGUUGCAGCAAUUGUUGAACUUCUUGACAACGAAAAUAUAAUUGACAACACCUAUUUUGUGUACACCUCGGACAACGGUUAUCACAUGGGCCAAUUUAGUCAGCCAUACGAUAAGCGUCAGCCUUACGAAACAGAUAUCAAGGUACCAUUCCUUGUUCGAGGCCCAGGAAUAUCUCAUAAAAGUUUAGUUACGUCACCAAUAGCGCUAAUAGAUAUUGCACCAACUGUCCUCGAGUGGGCUGGCAUUAAAGCACCGUCUCAGAUGGAUGGUGUAUCGUUUAAUCCCACACUUACGCAAACGGAGUUCAAAGAACGACAAAUUUUGAUUGAAUAUUGGGGCGAAGGAACCGUGAAAACGUACAAUCCUGAAUGUCCUUGGCAGAAAAAAGAUAAAUUAUUUCUCUGCACAACCGAUAUAGCAUGCCAUUGCCAGGAUUCCUGGAAUAACACUUUCAGCUGCAUCAGACAUUUGGCCAAAGAUUUGAAUAUGGCAUAUUGCCAGUUUAAAGAUACUGAGAAUUUUAUCGAAGCCUACGAUUUGACAAAUGAUUUCUCUCAAAUUGAGAAUAUAGCCUACGACAUGUUGCCGUCAAUACGAGCGAAAUACAGUCUUGCCCUCAGUAAUUUAACAGAGUGUGUGGGCGAAACCUGUCGUCAAAUAUAUUGAGAAAAUCGGAAUAACCUAUAAUCCAAAGAAACACGUUUAGAGUACGCACGCUGAGGUCUCGCAUUUUUAUAUUCCCACCGGUCAGGUGGGGAGGGUAUGAGGAAGAAGAUAUAACUCAUUUGCAUCUCCUGGCAACACAUGCAAAUACAUUCGUUUUCCUAUCUUGGCGAAAUGAGUCGAACGGUAAACACAACACAGAAAUUGUUGGUACAGGAAAUCUUUUUAUAAACAACAACGAUCGGUUUACUCGCAAAAUCGCGUUAUUAUAAUUUUUGUCCAGAUUUUAUGAUGCUGACCUUUAAACCUAUGUAAUAAAAUUGUCCAUACACUCAUUUUAUUCGAAAUAUAUAAACUUAGGGUGAAAUAUAGCAUAGUGCUUUCGCAUAGGCCUGAUACGCCAAGACAAGUUUCGGCUUUCGGCAUAAACAGAACUUCUGCUUAGACGGGACAUCACCAGUUUAA